AUAUCGAUGGAAUUUGAAGAAGCGCAUGAAAAUCUAUGUGCUAUAAGACUCUUAUAUAGACUUCUUGAGGAUAAUAGUACCACUUUGAAAGAUUCAAAUUCCGAGAAUGUGGUUGAGAGAGCUCGAGUAUUGUUGAAAAGUUUACUUGAUGUUGCUGUUGAAGUUGUUUUUGAGACUCAUUUGAAGGUUUUGAUUCUUACUAUUCAUCAUUGUGAUGCAAUUGUGGUCAUUGCGGUUGCUGCAAUGCGCAUUGCGGCUGUUGCUGCGUUAACCACAGCAACACAAGCAGGAAACUCUAAGACAUCCAUUGAACAAGAAAAACAUGUGACCGUGCUGCAGUCAAACUCUGCAGUGGCAGAUAACAUUUCUCAAACCUCGGAAAACAAUCAAACUCGAAGUAAAAUGGAUUUACGGAAGGAUCAACAACCUCAACUUGAAUUACUACGUAACAAAGAACAGUUAAAGCUGUCAAAUUUUAGCAUCUCUGAUACUCGAGGAACGGAAAGUCGAACACUAAGUAGUUUGGGUGAGGAGAAUGGUAUGAUGCAGCAUAAUUCAGUGAAGGAACAAAAUCAAUCUAAUGAAGAUGCUUUACCAAACAUAGAGAGUAGUCAUCAUGAACAACAACAUAAUAAUGUGAAUGCUUUAUAUGGUCUUGGUAAGCAUUCAGAAGAAUCAUUGGAAAUGUUAGACACAAAAGUUGGCGAGUCCAAUAAUGACAAGAAUAUGUCAUUGCAGAGUGCUUCCAGAUUUUCUGAAUGUCUAGAACAGAAGGGCGAUUUCUCGGAUGAUUUGGUUAAUGCAAUAAAAAGAAUUGAAUCUCGCAUUUUGGCUUUUAAGCUUUGCUCAAAUUUGGUGGAAUCCAGCAAGAGCAACAGUGCAGUUCGUGAUCCUUUGCACAAAUCAGCUAAUUUGGAAAGUCCCAAAAUACAAAGAAAAGAUAGUGCUGCAAGAAGUCAGUUUAAUUGUAAAAAGUCUCUCUGGGAAGGACAUAGGCUAAUGGAUCAGCACACUUGUGAUUCAAGUUCUAAAGGUGAAAAUUUGAUUUCAGAAAGUGCAGCUGCGGAACCCUUUUUAGAUCGAAAUGAAUCAUUGAGUCAGAGUCAGGUGGCAUAUCCGAAUUGUAGGCUUCAUACGAAUAAUGCAGAGUCCGCAAAGAGCGUUAACAUACCAAAGCAUGUCAGUAAACAGUUAGUAUCAGUUGAAGACAAAUUGAGAAGUGGAACUAGGAUUCAACCUUCAGUACAAAACAUAGACAUGAUAGAAAGAGUCAAGUCAUUGAAUAGGUUAGUUAGUGGUGAUGCCCACUUUGGGAAUCAAGCUAGUGAGUGUAUUCGAGGUUUGAGGGUUCCUUUGAAUCAAACUGAUUUUACUAAGAAGUCUUUGAAAUUUUUGAGUCAAACCAAUAGGGAAAGUUUGGUCAGAAAAUCUCCAAUAGCAGGUUGGUCUAAGCCUAAUCUGAAUCAUAAGGAAAGGGAUUCUGAAUCUUCCCACGCACAGAAUUUACAAAGAUUUACACCUACUGUUGCCCGAAGAGAAAAGCCACCGCUUCAUCAAAGGGUAAUAAAGCCAACUCUAUUGGACCAGAGAUCCAACAAGAUUAAGGUGAGUUCCCAUCAACAUAGAGAUGAAUCAGUUUUAGACAGGAGAGGAACUCAUAAGACAGGUCAUGUUGUGCCUCGUAAAACUAGGGUUGAAACCCAACUUCGUGAACCAGAGGAAUCAAGCUCAAACUCUGACUCUUCUUCUCAAUGGACUUCUCAGCAAGACAGUGCCAAUACUGGUAGUGAAUCUGAGGAUUCCUUCUUAUCAGCUGGUACACAAGGUUCCAAAUCAGGAAGGAUGGUUGAUGCAUUAUAUGAAGGAAGCUCAAAAGAGAGUAGUGAUUCAAAUUUCAAUCAAGACAAUGCCCCUUCACCUAAAGUUGGAAGUUUUAAAUCUUAUGGAUAUCACAGUGAAAGAAAUCCAAAGAAAACAAUUGGAGGCCUAAAGAGACUGAAAAAUAAGUUGGGACUAAUCUUUCACCACCACCAUCAUCAUCACCAUCACCUUCAUGAUGGUAACAAUGGUACCCUUCAUUCUUACGAAGGUCCUAGACAUUCAUUGUGGAAUCCCUUGCAGAAUGUUUUCCAUCACAAAAACAAGCCUGGAAUGAUAACAAAUCAAAAAGUUGAAAAGGCAAGAAGAGGGGUUAUUACAAAAGUUGUGCCACACAGAAACCAGAUUGGCCAUUUUCAUAGACUUGUGGAAGGACUAAUUAGACACAUUCGGCAUUCAAAGAAGCCAAAGCCUUCCAAGCAUGGUUUGGUUAAAGGGUCUCAUAAUAAUGCACAUGGACAUAGGCAAAAGAAGCUUCAUUGGUGGCCAACCAUUCGAGGAAGCCGAGGGGUGAAAUUGAAAAACAAAGGCCGAGUUAAAAAAAUGGGCUUUAUCAGCCAAAAAUCACUUAAGAACUAAGUCUGAAUUUGGGUGCACAUUUGAGUUUCUGGUCUUGCAAGUAUUGUCUUCUAGCUUGUGGGAUUACAGUUCUUUCAAUAUAGGUCCUAUCAAAUUUUUUCAUCAGGUAUUUCUUUUGAUUUGCUUCUAUUGUCCUAGAUAUUUUUGCUUUGUUGAAUGGCCAUCUGGUGAUUCUCCCAAUUUGGUUUAUGUUGGCUUGAUGAUUUUGGAUUUUGUUUGUCCAUGGUGAUCAUGGAUUUUCUUUGUGAGUUUCUACGGUGAUGACACUCGUUACGGUUUCACAGGCAACCUUUAUAAUACCUUGCGCCGAAAGGGAAUCAACACUUUCAAAGAUGACAUCAAACUGAAGAAAGCAGAAGAGAUUUCAACAGAUCUUCUCCAAGCAAUUGAUGAGUCUAGGAUUGCCAUAAUUGUUUUCUCAGAAAAUUCUGCAUCCUCAACUUGGUGUCUUGAUGAACUUGUCAAUAUCAUGGAGUGUAAGAAAGAAAAAGGGCAAUUGGUUCGUCUAGUUUUCUACCAUGUUGACCCUUCAAAUGUAUGGGCAUCAGAGGGAAUGUUUUGGAAGGUCAAUGACUAAGUAUGAAGAAAAUCUCAAAAUUAGUAAAGAAAAAGUAUGUAAAUGGACACUCUAGCAGCUGCAAAUUUAUCAGGAUGGCACUUCAAAAAUGGGUAUAAACAAAAAUGCAAAUGGGUUGAAACAUAAGAGGUACAUUUUAUGAGGUGAAUGAAUGUAU